CAAUAGCAUAAGUAAUGAUGAAAUGACAAUCGGUAAUUACCGUGACUCGCCGUCGCUGCUUCAUGCGCCUGUGAUCUCCGGCGGACACCGGCGACAAUGUCUUCGUGGACGUGCACAAGACUCACUCUAUGCACCGUCGCGGCAGUUCUUCUUCAGGCGAUCGGCUUGUUGGUCUUCGUCCUAGGGUUCUUCCCCGCCAAACCGGCUCUCUCAGGCUUCAGCGGUCCUGAUAGCUUUCGCCCGCCGACGUGCGAUUCGCGCGAAGCUCCGAACGCGAGUGCUCUACCUCCUCAUCAGCUCAGGUCCUUGUAUCAGGAACUAUCCGGUAUACCUGCUUCUUUCGACCGAUUAAUAUUAAUGGUCGUUGAUGGUCUUCCAGCAGAAUUCUUGUUGGGAAGGGGCGAUCAGCCUCCACCCAAGGCUUUGAUGGACGCUAUGCCAUAUACUCAAUCUUUGCUAGCGAAUGGAAUGGCAAUUGGGUACCAUGCUAGAGCUGCUCCUCCAACUGUUACAAUGCCUCGUUUGAAGGCUAUGGUUUCUGGGGCAAUUGGUGGUUUCUUGGAUGUGGCAUUCAAUUUUAACACACAAGCUCUUUUGGAUGACAACCUUUUAGGUCAAUUUUUUAGUAUUGGUUGGAAAAUGGUGAUGCUUGGUGAUGAAACGUGGCUUAAGUUGUUUCCUGGGUUAUUUACGAGGCAUGAUGGAGUCAGCAGCUUUUUUGUUAAAGAUACUGUGCAAGUGGAUCACAAUGUUUCUCGACAUCUGGGGAAUGAGCUUAAUAAGGAUGACUGGAAGAUCCUGAUUCUUCAUUAUCUAGGCUUGGACCAUGUUGGACAUGUUGGGGGGCGCAAAAGCGUCUUGAUGGGCCCAAAACUCAAGGAGAUGGAUGAAGUGAUUAAAAUGAUUCAUUUGAGUACUAUGCUGCCUGAAGACAAUAAUAAAGGACAGACACUUUUGAUGGUGGUCAGCGAUCAUGGCAUGACUGAGAACGGAAAUCACGGGGGUUCUUCAUAUGAAGAAACUGACUCUCUGGCUUUAUUUAUUGGUCUAGCAUAUAAUUUCUCUGAUUAUGCAUCAGCUUCUUAUAAUAGAGCACACCAGGUUGACAUUGCACCUACAUUAGCACUUCUUUUUGGUGUCCCGAUCCCCAAAAACAAUGUCGGUGUACUAAUUGGAGAAAUAUUUAAUUCUUUGACAGAUGACCAUAAACUACGGGCAUUGGAGUUGAAUUCCUGGCAAUUACUUAGAUUACUGCGAGUACAAUUACCUGGUUUAUCUUGCAGAAGUUUUCCAUGUGAUGGCUUUAGUUACGAUAAAGGGUCCACAAUCAAUGAAUGCAAUGGUAGCAUGGAAAGGAAGUUAUGUUGCUUGUAUAAAAAUGCUGCUGCUCUUCACAGUUCACUGAAGUCUAAAAAUGUCUCUAGGUGUACUGGUAGUCACGACUACAGAGGCACUGUUUCAGCAUACUAUGAAUUUCUUAGAACUGCAAGUGAGUGGUUAUCACACAGAGCCACUGAUAAGCCUGUUGACCUGCUUGCUUUGGGAGUUGCAGCACUGCUACUAUCAUGUUUAGCACUGUUGAGCAUUCUAUUUGCUUUAUACAGAGAAGUUUACAUUAGAGACAAUCAAUGCUUCUCUGAGUUAAGCACUAUGCACGGCUUGCAAUUGGAUGAGACCUUUAGCGUGGCUAUAAUAUUGAUCCUUGUUAUUAGUAUGGGAUCUAGUUCAAUGGUAGAGGAGGAGCAAUAUAUCUGGCAUUUUGUGACAUCCACAUUGUAUUUGAUUUUCUUCCGUAAAGUAAUACAGUCCCUUCCAGAAAGAACAGAACAGAGUUCUUUUAGCAUGGCCAAAGAACAAAUUAAAAGAAAGUAUUGUCAAAUGUGUUCCAUUAUUGUGCUUCUCAUCUCUGAAAGGAUUUUGAGAGGUUGGUAUCAAGGUGGUGUGAACUGGACACAUCUUCCUGACAUAUCAAAGUGGCUUGAACAGGCUGGGAAUGAGUUUAUAAAAUUGAUCCAGCUAGCCUCUGGGGUCCUGCUGACCAGCUUAAGCUUUUUUUCUCUUUCUUCAAGGUUAAAGAGAGAGUUCAUUCCAUUGAUGGGACUCACCUUUUUCACAUCUGGGAUCUUGGUUUUGCAACAUAUUAUGAAAUAUCAGGACCCCACACUUGCAGCUUCCGAUUAUGGUGCAACCUUAAUGGCACAAAUAAUAUACACAGUUAUUGGUAUUUCAACCACAGGGACUGUCAUAGCCUUACCUUGGCUUAUGCCUGUUUCUGACACAUAUUCUAGUUGUUAUUUCUCAUCAACUUUUAUUUCCAGUGGUACUCAGAAUGUGUCCCUUCUUUUGGUGGGAUUAAGAGAGUUUACAUGGGUAAUUGGUUGGGCAUAUGUAUUUUUUUGGUGCCUUCUGCAGCUGUUGCUACAACAGCCAAUAAAUUCAGUGCCUAUAUUGUUGCUUUUCGUGCAAAUCUGGGCCAGCAUGCUUUAUUAUUCUAUCAGUGGACCACUUCAUAAGCAAUGGGUUGAGGUUGCUGCACUGUACUAUAUGGGAAUGGCAGGCCAUUUUAGUCUGGGAAACAGCAAUGCUCUUGCUACAAUUGAUGUUGCUGGAGCUUUUAUUGGAAUCUCAAGUCACUCAACAUUACUUUCUGGUAUUUUAAUGUUCAUUAUCACCUAUGCAUCUCCCAUGUUAGUUCUUGUUAGCAUGGUGAUGUACAUAUCCAUGAAGGACACAAGGCGUUAUCUUAUUCCUGAAAAUGGAGAAUUGGGACAUAUUCUUAAGAUGACAGUUGGAUUUUCCUGUCUGGUUCCAUUGGGUUUGAAUUCUGUUCUGUUGGCUGCUUACACAAUUGUGUUGUUGCUAAUGCAGAACCAUUUAUUUGUUUGGAGUGUCUUUUCCCCAAAGUACCUGUAUGUUUGUGCUACAACUGUAUGUGUAUAUAUUGGAGUUUCUGUAGUAGCUGCAACGAGCCUGUAUGCUUGUUUGGUGUUUAUUGCAAGGAGAAAUUUACAAAGCUUCACCAGAAGAGAUACAGGCAAGAUCUCAAUGUUCCAAUGGACGCAGCAGCAUCCAUCUUUGUCUAGCAAUUAAAUACCAAUCACUGUACUUUCUUUUUUAAUUUUAAUUUGAUUCUUCAUAAAGAUUGCCAUUUAUUUUAUUUUGUAUUUUUUGUAUAUAUAUUUUUAAAAUGUGAUGAAAUAACAUUUAGUUGUCAGUGACCACAGAAAUAGUUUUGUGAGAAUAUGACAGGAAGUGUUCAUUGAUGUGUUGUUUAUUUAAACACUGAUCUUUUGAUUUAUUUACCAAUGAGGAGAUGACGUUUGAUUUGUGGA